CAACGGUGAUCAAUAUGUGGGUGAAGCCACAAGAGGUUCUACUGGCAAAUGCUUUCUGGGUAACAGAGCAGGUAACAGUAUAUUUUGUUUUACAACGUCGUAAGGGACAUGGAAAGAUAAAAGGUUUUAGUUCUAUAUUGGUGGGUACAUUGGACAGUGUUUUUGAUACUAAACCCCCACCAUUUAGAAUAUUACAUCAAACACCAUCAUCAGAAGUUUAUUGGGCAGUUGCAUGCUCUUUGACACAUGAAGAAAUUUUACAAGAUUGGGAAUGGCUCCAUACCAAUUUAAUGGACACUUUAACAUCAUUUGAUACAGAAGAAGAAAUAACAGAAUUUGUUUGUUGUAAAAUACAAUCCAUUAUUGCAAAUAGUGUACCAGACUCUCAAUUUGCAGAUGAGGAAGAUCCAGAAUCAUUUAAAAUAGUGUCUUUUAAAUUUCAUCAACUUUUUAAUGUACCCAAGGAAGAUAAAUUAGUCAAUUAUUAUUCCUGCAGUUACUCAAAACCUCGGGUACCUAGACUAGGAUGGUUAUAUUUAUCAAUAAAUCAUAUGUGCUUUUAUGCCUAUAUUUUGGCAAUGGAAACAAAAUUAAUUAUAAGAUGGGCAGACAUUACUGAAUUGAGUAAAACUAAUUCCACUCUAUUUCCAGAUAGCAUACGUGUUGUAACAAGAGACAAUAAAGAGCAUUAUUUUUCAAUGUUUCUUCAUAAAUCAGAGACAUAUUCAUUAAUGGAGCAACUUACAAAUAUUGCUAUGAAAAGACUUAUAGAUGAAAAAAGUGGUUUUAAUGAGGAUAGAGAACUAUUACAUAAAUUAAGCAAAAAUGUACCCAAAAAGCCAUCCUUCUUAAAAAGAGAUCUUGAUGCCCGAGCACAUUCGGAAGUUUACAGGUUGCAAUUUAGAUUACCAGGAAAUGAAAAAUUGGAUGGUGUGAUUGAUUCAACAUUAUGGACACCAUACAAUAAAAGAUACAUCUGGGGAAAAAUAUUUCUUUCACAAAAUUAUCUCUGUUUUGAAAGCAGGGUAAGAGGAUUAGUGAGUUUAGUUAUACCUUUGAGGGAAGUAAGACUUAUAGAACCUGCUGAAAAUCAGUCGUCCAGCACAGGAAUAGAUAAAUCUAUUUUAGUGACCACUGCUCGAUCAUCGUUUUUGUUUGCUCAGAUCCACGAUCGAGAUUUUGUUAUUCAAAAAAUAUCUGAAUUAUUAGCAAAAUCUAAAUUAUCAAAUUUGAGCGGGGAUAGUGUAUUUCCCCAGAAUAGUUCACAACACAACGAGAGUAAUUGUGAGGAAGCUAAAUCUACUAAUCAUUGGAAAUCUCAACCACCAUUAAUGACUUUGUUUAAAGCACCAUUAAGUAGUGAAGCAGCGCUAAAACAAGAAGCUAAAGAGAAACAGUGGGAACUUCAUUUUGCAGAAUAUGGUAGAGGCAUUACAAUGUACAGAACAACUGAAACAGCAAAACUCAUAAUUCAGGGUUUACCACAGACUCUUAGAGGAGAAGUUUGGCUUACUUUUUCUGGUGCUUUAAAUGAAAUGGUAAUGAAUCCAGGACUCUAUAAAUCAUUAGUUGACCAAUCACUAGGUAAAUCCUGUCAAGCAAAUGAGGAAAUAGAACGAGAUUUGCAUCGAUCAUUACCUGAACAUCCAGCAUUUCAGUCAGACACUGGUAUUAGUGCAUUAAGGAGAGUCCUUUCUGCAUAUGCUUGGAAAAAUCCACAAAUCGGUUAUUGUCAAGCCAUGAAUAUAGUAGCUUCGGUUCUAUUGAUCUAUUGUUCUGAAGAAUCUGCGUUCUGGCAGUUAUGCAAUGUGUGUGAAUCGCUGUUACCCGAUUAUUACGAUAGAAGAGUAGUUGGUGCUCUUGUCGACCAAGGACUUUUAGAAGAGCUAGCUGCUGAAUAUUUACCAACUUUACAUGCUAGAUUACAGGAACUUGGUCUCAUUAAAGUUAUAUCCCUUUCGUGGUUUUUAACCAUAUUUUUAAGUGUUAUGCCAACUAGUAGUGCAGUAAACAUAAUGGAUUGUUUUUUCUAUGAUGGAGCAAAAGUAAUUUUCCAGAUAGCAUUGACAGUACUGGAAUGGAACCAAGAUAAAUUAUUAAAUUGCCCUGACGAUGGUGAAGCAAUGCAGUUAUUAACAGAUUAUCUUGGAGGUGUAUACAAUGAUGAGGGACCUCUACUUCCUAGACCAGUUGAUAGUGCUACUCCAAAUCGAAGUAUAUCUGUUCAGACUUUAAUAUAUGAAGCAUAUUCAAGGUAUGGAACUUUGACUAUUGGUGGAAUAGAAAGAUUACGUUUAAAACACAGGCUUAGGGUAGUUCAGAGUUUAGAAGAUGGAAUUGAAAAAAACGUAAUUAGAAGUGUUAUUGUUGACAAAUAUAUGACAAUGGAAGAAUUACAGGAUCUGUUAAGUUUAGUAAGAGAAGAAUUAAUGAGUCAACGAAAAUCCGAACCUGAUCGUUACGAUCCAACGCAGCCUCCUUACGAAGCAUAUAAAGUGGACUUUGAACUAUUUAGGAUAUUAUUUGGGGGCUUAUCCCCAUGGGGAAAAUGCAGUCAAGCUGAAUCUCUCGCUGCCCGAUUAUUCCGUUUAAUGGAUCGUAAUCGGGAUGGUCUACUGAACUUUCGGGAAUUAGUACAAGCAAUCGGAAUGACAGCAACCGCCGAUUUAACACAAAGGUUAAAACUUUUAUAUACCCUUCACUUACCACCAUUACUUACGCCUGCAGAUUUUGAGUCACCAACGCAUUCUGAUGGUGCUGAAGUAGCAGCGGAAGCUACUGACUUUUUUGAUAGUAUGGAAAAAAGCGUUGCUUCCUUAGAGUUACCAAUUAGUUUAGCGGAAGAACCGACUGUCGGUACUUUAUCUCGUUCGACAAGCUUGAACAGCCAACAAGAAGAUCAAUCAUGGGAGGUGCAAAGUAUGGGUAGUUUACGUUCUAUGAUAGCAUCUAAAGAUAGUCCAUUGGAUCUUAAAAUCGUGCCAAAAAUGUCUCAAGGACAUUUCAUAGCAUUAUGGAAAACUCUUUAUGAUAUGUUCCCUGCACAUCCAGAAGAACAAGAAACUUACCAUUGUAUAGCUUCAAUCGGUACUCUUUUACUACAAUUGGGUAAUGUUGGUAAAAAGUUUUAUGUCGAUCGAGAUGAAUCUGAAGACAGCUUACUUUUAGCUGCUUCAGCAGCUCAACAAACAUCUUCGGUUAUGGAACGGUCACAUGAUCGUAAUGGAAAUCCGUCAAAUGUAGUUUCAUCUACUGGUCCAGAUUGGUCAAUAAGUGUGGAACAGUUCCUGGCAUCUGCCUUAACAGGUCAAGUGAUAGUAGAUUUUUUUAGUAAAAGAGCAGAUCUUACAGAAGCGAUUGCAGCGCUCAAAAACCGUAGAUUUAAUCGCGUCCAUUCCUUAUCAGACACACCUGUGUUAAAUGUUUGA